AUGUCCGCUCCCAGUCCCCCGUCAACUCGAGGCGCAGGAAGCCCGCCGCUUCACCACUCCUCCUCCGCGGCCAACAUCGCAGCCUCAAACGGGCCCGCACCCUCGUCAUCAGCCUCCACAACCUUGGACAACAACAGCAACCUCCAAAGUCCCAACGACGCAGCCACGAAGCUCGCCGAGGCGAUCGAUGACUUCUUGGGCGACCUAGAAAAAAGAUUCAAGGGCAUAAGCGACGAGAUCCUGACCAAAUUGGAUGAUAUGGCGGAGCGGUGUGAUCGGCUGGAGCAGGAGAUGCUGUUGAGGGAUGCGAGUGGUGCGAUGGAGAACGUGGGCGGUGGGAGCGGCGGCGGCGGCGGCGGGAAGGCAGGGAGUACCGCCGGGUCGACCUAG